AUGUCGUUCAUGGGAGGCGCAGAGUGCUCGACGGCUGGCAACCCCCUGAGCCAGUUCCAGAAGCACGUUCAGGAUGACAAGACACUACAACGCGAUCGUCUCGUCGGCCGAGGACCAGGUGGCCAGCUGGGAGGCUUCCGCAGCUCGCCUGCCAAUGCGCCCCAGGAUGAGAUGAUGAACGGUUUCCUCAAUGGUGGCCCAGGUCUUCAACAAGAGUUCCCAACCUUGCCAGGCGGGCCCGCUGCCCACCUGAGCGCUGCCCCUAUGGGCCCUUCGCCUGCGGCAUGGGCACAAGACUUCAACGCCCAGCCCGGCAUGGACGUCGUGCUCCAGGCAUCGCCCAGUGCCCUCUUCAGCCCCGAGGAGUUUGCGCGCUUCCAGCAAGCCAACCCUGCCGCCGCUGCAGCCAUGGCACCUCAAAUGCGAGGUGACAUGUCUGCUGCGAUGCCCCAGCGAUCAAUGAUGGGCAUGGGCAUGGGCAUGAAUAUGAACAUGAUGGGUAUGGGUAUGGGUAUGGGAUAUGCUCAGCCUAUGAUGCAGCCAAUGUACCAGCAGCAGCAACAGCAACCCGUUCAACAACAACAACAGGACCUAAAGGGCAAGGGCAAGAUGGUCGAAUUGGACGACAACAAGUGGGAGGAGCACUUUGCUCAGCUCGAGCUCCAGGACAAGGAAGCGGCCAAGGAGGCUGAGGCGAAUGCCGCCGAGAAGGAACUGGAAGACAUGGACAAUAAACUCCAAUCGGAGACUAAUGAGUCGAUGGUGAACGAACAACAAUACUUUGAUCAAUUCGAUACCGAAUGGGGCCAGGACCUCAUGCCCGAUCUCAACGGCAUCAACGACUGGGGACGAUUUGCUGACCCCAUUGUCGAGAAUUACAUGUUUGAGGAAGAGAACAUCUUCCGCGAGCAGAAGAAUGCAUUCGCCGAGGGUGUUCGAGUUAUGAAGGAGGGAGGCAACUUGUCAUUGGCAGCUUUGGCGUUUGAGGCUGCCGUUCAGCAGAACCCAGAGCAUGUUGAGGCUUGGGUAUACCUAGGCUCGGCUCAGGCUCAGAACGAAAAGGAGACGGCAGCUAUUCGCGCGCUGGAGCAGGCCUUGAAGCUGGAUCCCAACAAUCUCGAUGCCAUGAUGGGUCUGGCUGUUUCGUAUACCAACGAAGGUUACGACAGCACAGCAUACCGAACCCUCGAGAGGUGGCUGUCCGUCAAGUAUCCCACCAUCCUGGAUCCCGCAAACCUGCACCCUGUCGCAGAUAUGGGAUUCACCGACCGACAGCAGCUGCAUGACAAGGUCACCAGUCUCUUUAUCAAGGCUGCCCAGCUUAGCCCUGAUGGCGAGCACAUGGACCCCGAUGUCCAGGUGGGAUUGGGUGUGCUGUUCUACGGAGCAGAGGAAUACGACAAGGCCGUGGACUGCUUCCAAUCUGCUCUUCACUCUUCCGAGCUGGGCACGACAAACCAGCAGGAGCAGCUUCCCCUGCUCUGGAACAGACUCGGAGCUACGCUCGCCAACAGCGGAAGAUCAGAGGAGGCCAUUGCCGCGUACGAGCAAGCUCUGUCCUUGGCCCCCAACUUUGUUCGCGCCCGCUACAACCUGGGUGUGAGCUGUAUCAACAUCAACUGCCACCAAGAGGCAGCCUCUCACUUCCUUGCCGCUCUUGACAUGCACAAGACGAUUGAGAAGUCUGGCCGCAGCAAGGCAAUGUCUGCCCAGAACCGAAGCAGCACCUUGUACGAUACCCUGAGGAGGGUGUUUACGCAGAUGGGCAGGAAAGAUCUCGCAGACAAGACGGUCCCUGGCGUGGACCCGGACAUUUUCAGACCAGAGUUUGAGUUUUAG